UCUGCAAUCAUAAAAUCUUUCCUUUCUUUCUUUGCAUUCCUGUCACUUCUCCUGAUCGCUAACACCAUAGCAGCAGCUAGGAAAGAUGCCGGGGAAUAUUGGAGAGCUGUAAUGAGAGAGCAAGCAAUGCCAGAAGCAAUUGAAGCCCUUGUUCGGAUUGACGCAGCUACCUCCUCUAAGGAGAAAACCGAUUGUCACACACCUACGAGCUUUGAGCUGAAGGAAGAGAAGAUUCUCGUCGAGGCUUUUGAACCAAGGCCCAACGAAGGAGAGAAGAAGUCAUUUGCCGAUUAUUUCGAACCAAGGCCAAACGUCUCUGCUUAUGGUGACGAUGCUGAUCUGAAAGCAGAGAAAUCAUCAUCAUUUACUAAAGAUAGGCCGAGCAUCCCUGCUUACGGUGACGAUGCUGGCCUUAAAGGAGAGAAAAAAUCAUUCGUUAGUGAUUUUGAACCAGGGCCUAACAUCACCGUUUACCAUGAUUGAAAAGGGAAACAGAACAAACCUUCGGGUUGAAUUAAUAUCUAGUAGGAAUCUAUGGCCUCGUGGCACUCUUUGUCUGGUUUGUGUUAUGGGUAAAUGUUCUGUCAUAAAUAAGGCUCUAUGUGUUCUCAUAGGAACACAAGUAAGGGCAAAACUGUGAUGGUAUGUCUGUGAAGAUCAAUGUUAUUGUAAGAAAAUUGGGUAUUUUGAGAAUUAUCUAGUUAUUCUUAAUCCA